AUGGCCAACCCGGCCCUAGGGAUGAAUAUGACUGUUUCGGGCAAUAAGGGUAGGUCCAGAGUCCCUUCCCCCCCGCGUACACCCAGGUGGCGCGCCACUAGCGGGGACACCGACAAGGCGUAUCCUGUGGACCUUACCGGAGAUCCCCUCAGUGUGUACAUUCAGGCAACCAUAACCAACAUUAUUGUAUCGACAAGAGAUGGCUAACCAAGGGUCCGACCCAGGAACUGGCCGAGUCCAAAGAAGCU